UAAAUAGGCCUACAUAUUUAAGUUUUUUAUUUAUUUUUAAUCAGACUUAUAUUACAGUAUUAUACAGUUCUGUAGAAAAAUGGGUGAAAUAAUUGAGCGACCAUCAGUAUCACCCAUACUUUGGAAUGCGGAUACUGAAGUUUGUCUAUUUUAUGCCAUGCGAGGACAUAAACCUGUCGGAAUUAAUAAACAUUUUCAUAUGAUGGGAAUUCACAGUAAAUUUGCUCAAUCUUUGGGACAACCUGUAACGAGUGCUCAAAUAUGGGAACAUUUAUCAACAAUGUAUAAUCUUGCAGUAUUGGAUGAAUCAGACGCUUUGCCUUUUAAUAACAAUGUAAAGCAUUUUCAACUACCUGAAGACAUUUUAAAUUUUGGCAAAGAUAAAACAAAAAAAGAGCAGCAUGAGGCUGCAGUAAAAACGCCAUCAACAGCAAAGUCAUCCUCAAAUAAAGAUUUACAGCUGCAAAGCAAAAGCACACCUCCAAGUGCAAAAAGCAAUAGAAAACGAACUAGAAAUGUUACAUCGGUAAGUCCUGCUGUCGGAGCUUCCGGUCCCGGAUCAAGUAAGCGGAGGCGGUGAUUUAAUCCCAUUUUCACGAGAAUGAUGUUACAUUCAGACAUAUGUCAAUUAUUCGGAAAAAAGUGAAAUGUUUGAAAGGAUUAAAUGCGAUGCAAGAAUCAAAAGUUGGCCCGGACAGUAGGAUGUGAAUCAAGAUUAAAACAAUUUGUGACGAAGCGGAACUUUUUUCUAAUAGAUAAUUUAAAAGCAAAUAUGUUCAUUUUUUGUGUAAUUUCUGCUCAAAAAUAGUUUUGCUGUUUUCUAUGAUUAAUUUUUUAUGAAAAUCCUAAGUCAAGCUAAAAACUUCUUUACCAACAAGAUGUUCCAAUGCCUAUUUUGGCUCCAAAUUAAACUUUGAACCAUUCAUGUUGCUAUGACUAUGACUACAUUAUCAACAUAUAAUAAUCUAAUUACUGAUCACUCUUGAGAUAAUCACGAAUUUACAAAGACCAAUAUGUAUUUUUUUCUAUUUUUAUGGCAUUCCAAUCAUAAGUUUUUAGCGAGGGGUAUAUGUGCAUCAUUUAGCAAUACAAAAUAUAAACUCAGAAUUGUUAUUCGCUAUGUAAACAUUGCCAUGAUGAUAUAUAGAUUUUUAUAAUCAUUGUAAAUACAAAAACGAGACGACUUGGAUUAAUCAAAGAGAUAUCACUUAAGCAUUGUUCACUAAUGCUUUGUUCUGUAUGUACAAUGUGUAUUUUCGGCAUGUGUAAAAAUAAACUACUGAUACUGUUGAGAGACUUGCUCACCCUUGUUUCUGCCACUUGGAGUUAUUAAAGUUAAGAGCGAGUCUUAGCCAAAGUGGUCCGAGCAUAUAUCUCCUGUGUAAUAUCAUUUAGCUUUGUUCAGUUAUUAAUAAUUAACAAGAAUUGCGAUUGUAUUCUUACAAUGAUAUCACUUUAAACUAUGGGCCUAUAUUAUUCUGGAUGUUGUAUCAAGUAUUUCAUUAUGAACGCUUUGUAUAGUGGAAUUGAGCUCAUUGUUGGUUAAGUUUGCUUAACACUCUAGAUAUAUAUAUAUUUCAUCAGAAAUUUUGUUAUCCAAUUAUCAAAAUGUGAAUUUUUUACUUUUGGCUUACUUGAUAGAUAAAAAUCAAUUUUCGAUUUAAUUAUCAAAUAACAGAAUUGGAGAGGCAAGAUGAAUUUGUGAAGGUAUUAUUCACUGAUAUACUAUAAUUUGUUAAAAAUUAUUGUUAUUUUAGGUGACCGAAUGUCAUAAUAGAAGUUUUGACUUUAUCAUACCAGUAAAUUUUUCCUCCUUUUUCCAUAG